AGAGCCUGAGGUCUAAUGAGAGAGAGAAGGCGACACAGCAAAUUAAAUAGUAUAUUGUAGAACGUAAUUAGAUAUAGUUUCAUAUGUAAUAUUAUUUUAAGAGCAACUAGGCUGGUAGGUAGGAUUUAUUUUCUUCCUGUCUCUGGCCCACACUCCAGUACAGUAUGUGUCGGUAAUGUAUGGCACUAUGGCUUUACAACCGCCGAUAAACCCUACCUAAGAAGAAGCAAUGGAUGCAGCAGAGACUGAUCUGCGGCGAACUAGCUAGUUAACGUUACCAUUCUAGCUCAUUUAGGCUAUUUCCAAAAAAAGUAUAUAGUUAUGAAAACCACGUGGUGGCGUUAUUCCAUUGAUCACAUUCGAGACUGUCACCAAAUAAUCAAGUUGUUCGUGUACUUUAGCUUUUGCUGCUUCGAGUAGCCAACGUUACUGUAGCUAGCUAGCCGAGCGGCCUUUGCUUUGGCUUCCGCCAAUGUAAACUUCGUUCACCAUGGAAUUGACUUCAGCUAGUCUCUCAAUGUAACGUUGGCUACUUGCCAUUUCCAAAACCUGCACAUCCGUAAUCCUGUUCGGAGUCUUGUUUCGCUCAGCCUGGGCAGCCGGCUAUGGCAAGCCCCCCACCCAUAGGUUAUGAGAUGGAGGUGAUGGAGGCGAUGGAGGUGGACUUGCAGCUGGGGGGCCCCAGUAGGGAACCAGAGCCAGAUGUUGUGGCAGACCAGGUAAAUCUCCCUAUCGUCAUCCCUGACUCUGGCAGUGAAACAGAGGACGAGGCAGAUGCAGCUCCCUGUGACCCACCACGGCUCCCGAACACCUGGGCGUUCAGUCAGAACAGAGCCAGAGUGGAGGGUCAAGUUGGGUCCAGGAUCAGAAGUGAGGGUCAUAUUGAGCCCAGGGUCACCACAGCAGCCACCCUGAGGCAUCGGAGAGCCAGGCCAGGCCUCAGGGAGCACUCCUCCACCCAGACCGCUGCUCGUGCUAGCAGCUUCCUGGAUUUCCUGCUGCGAGUCCCUGCAGCCAACCAGGCCGAGGGCGACUCUGGGAGUACGACGGAGCUGAGCGAGUCGGAGGAUGAGGCAGAUCCCCUGGGGCCAGCAGCAGAGCCUCCCAACUCGGCCGUUCCCUCCAACCCUCGUCCAAACCCUCCAGUUGCAGUCACGCCACCCGAAGGCCUUUAUUAUUCAGAUUCUAAUGCAACCACAGAGGCUGCGAGGACCGUGACUGGAAAUCAAGUGAAUCCUGAGGUUGUAUCAGACCCACUAGCCUCCAGUGCACCGGCCCUUCGGUUGUCCCAGGGGGAUGAGGGGGAAGGGGAGACCUGCUCCAUCUGCUUUGAGCCCUGGACCACGUCAGGGGAGCAUCGCCUGGCCACCCUGCGCUGCGGACAUCUCUUUGGCUACAACUGCAUCGCCCGCUGGGUGAAGGGCAAGGGCCAGGGAGCCAGGUGUCCCCAGUGCAACAAGAAAACCAAGCGCACCGAUAUCGUCCUCCUGUACGCGCGCAAGCUGAGGGCUCUGGACAACACUGAGCAGGAGAGUAUGAAGAGGUCACUGGAGCAAGAGCAUUCACUGCGUAGAAAGGCUGAACUGGAGUCAGCGCAGUGCCGACUACAACUGCAGGUGAUGACAGACGAAUGUGGGGAACUGCACAAGCAGCUACAGGAGCUGAAGACUCUGAUGGCCCAGCCUGGCUGUGGGCCCUCACAGAGCUCAGCGGCAUCUCUCUCUGGGCUCUUUCAGAGACAGGACAGCACCCAGGGGGGCCACUAUGUCUUCUCCAAGGCCGUGCUGGUGUCCCAGGUGGGGGGAUGCAGGGUGCUGUCCUACUGUGAACCCCUCAGCUGCCUGCUGGCCUCUCAGCCCUCCCCACACACUAGCCUGGUGCCCGGCUGCGGGGUGAAGAAGGUGAGCACGUUGAAUCUGAAGGCCUGCCAGUACAUUCCCAUCCAUGUCAAACAGAUCAGAGGCCUGGCCUUCAACAGACAGGCCGACAGCCUCCUGCUCUCCGCUGCCCUGGACAACACCAUAAAACUCACCAGUCUAAUGACCAACACAGUGGUGCAGACCUACAACACAGGCAAACCAGUGUGGAGCUGCUGCUGGUGCCUGGACAACAACAACUAUGUGUACGCUGGUCUCAGUAACGGCUCCGUGCUGGUGUAUGACACCAGGGACACCAGCACACAUGUCCAGGAGCUACAGCCACUACGUUCCAGGUGUCCCGUGGCAUCCCUGUCCUAUGUGCCUCGCGCCGCCUCCAGCUCGUUCCCAUGUGGUGGCCUCAUCGCAGGCUCUCUGGAUGGGGGUUACUUCUGGGAGCAAGUAGACGGGACCACCUACAGACCCCACAUGUUGCCCCUGGAGACAGGAGGCUGCACAGACAUCCAGGUGCAGCCAGAGAGCAGACACUGUUUGGUCACCUACAGACCAGGGCGCUCCAAGCCAUCGCUGCGCUGUGUUCUGAUGGAGCUGAACAGGACCCCCCAGCAGGACGUGGCUCAGGAACCCUCGUGUUCCUGCUACCCAGUCCAGACAUUCAGGGCUGGCCCCUCCUGCAAGCUGCUCACCAAGAAUGCCGUGUUCAGAAGCCCGGCCGGGGAGGGCUCCACUCUGGUGUGUGCCGGGGACGAGGCCACCAACUCCAUCAUGGUGUGGGAUGCAGGGAGUGGAUCCCUGAUUCAGAAGUUGUCUGCUGACCUCCCAGUGUUGGACAUCUGUCCAUUUGAGGUGAACCAGGGCAGUUACCUGGCCUCUCUCACUGAGAAGAUGCUCAAAAUUUACAAGUGGGAAUGAGGAGGAAUUAUGGAGGACACCACCAGCAUAGAACAUGUAUGAGUAGCACGGCUGCUGCACUGUAUAAAUGGCAUCCAUUUAGUACAGCCUUUUCUUACCCAAAGUCACUACAGAAACUUUUAUUGGGUUUUCAUAGCAGUAGCGGGACUGGAGAGCCAUCACACUGCUGCAGUGUUAUGAAGGAACUGAUAACUGGAGUGCCUGUACAGAUACACUACUGCCCUAAAUGUUUACAUUAAGAAUCACAGAGAACAUCCUAUCAAAAAAUUAUUUUGCUUUCUUGUUUUUUGAUGCAUGUGACGAAUCAGUUAGUGUUGCCAGUUAACCAUGCUGUCGGCAAAUUUUUUAAUGUGUUCCAUCUCUGGUUUUAGAGACUGAUCCAUGGAUGAAAAUCAGGACAUCAAUGGCUUGUUACAUUUCCUGGAUCCUGAUUGGCACAACUGAUCAGCAAGCUGCAUUAAAAAAAAAAUAUUUAAAAAAAUCCUUCUGAAUGUGUUUCAUUUUUUAUUUCCUUAUUUUAUUUCCAGAGGAAAUUGUGUAUUUUAUAACAAAUUUUUGUAUAAUUUGUAAUGUAAUAAAAUAGAAAUCAUUGGUUAUUUUUCA